GACAUAUGAAUAUGGGGUUGAGUAAGUACCUAAUGAAGGAGGCAAAAGUACAGAAUAGGCCAUUUUUAUUGGGGUAUUUAGACUUUACAGUAUACUAUUUAUCUUUUUUUUAAAUGUAUACAUUUACAUUUAAGUCAUUUAGCAGACGCUCUUAUCCAGAGCGACUUACAAAUUGGUGAAUUCACCUUCUGUAUAGGCAUGUAGUCUGACCUGAAUCAUUGUACAUCAUGAAAUUGGGCAGGUUUCAAGUGUGAUUCAGAGGUAGUCUAGGCAGGGGGGAAAUGUUAUGUCCACCUCCCUCCCUACCGAGGCAGUGCUUUGAUAAUCCUCCAAGAGUCAACACCCACACUGCUACACAGCCUGUGUUUACUGUGUUAGUACUCCUUAUCUUUUGAGUUUUGAAGUCAGACUAAUUUGGUGAAUAUGAAUCCUCAUUGUGCGCGCUGUGGGAAAAUUGUUUAUGCCACAGAGAAAGUCAACUGCCUGGAUAAGUAUUGGCACAAAGGAUGUUUCCACUGUGAGGUCUGCAGGAUGACUCUCAACAUGAAGAACUACAAAGGCUAUGAAAAGAAGCCCUACUGUAAUUCGCACUAUCCAAAGCAGUCAUUCACCAUUGUUGCAGAUACUCCUGAGAACCUUCGACUGAGACAGCAAAGUGAGCUUCAGAGUCAGGUGAAGUACAAGAAAGACUUUGAGGAGAGCAAAGGACGAGGCUUCAAAUUUGUGCUGGACACUCCUGAGCUGCAGAGACUACGACGAGCCCAGGAUCAGAUCAGUAAUGUGAAAUACCACAAGGACUUUGAGGUGAUGGGCCCACAAGGAGUCACACAUGGUGUUCAUGCACCUUACCUUGUGCGUGGCCAGUUGCGUCAAAACGUCCGAACAGAAAAUACAGGGCACAAGGGUGUGCGCCAGUACAUAGUGGAGAUGGCCCGGAGGCCUGGUGUCAUCGUAGCUCCUGUGCUGCCAGGCGCGUACUACCCCAGUGGACACGUCCAGGGGCACAGCUACAUGCACCAGACCAGUAUGCACUCCUUACGGUCUCUGCAGAGUGUGUACAGAGCCCUCUACGAUUACGUGAGCCAAGACACGGAUGAGGUAUCGUUUCGGGACGGUGACAUCAUCCACAGCGUGCAGCCCAUUGAUGGGGGUUGGGUGUACGGCACGGUGCAAAGGACUGGCAGGUCUGGGAUGCUCCCUGGUAACUACAUAGAGGGUCUCCACUAAGGCUUACCAAACUAACUCAAGGCCUGGAACACACUCAAGUUGUACAACUGUUUGUCUGCACAAAAAUAAUUGAAGGCCUCAAUUCAAUCAGAUCGAGUGUAAACCCUCAUUGGCCAACAUCCGCAUAGUGUAUAACUGCGGUAUAAGAUGACAAAUCGGUGAGCGGCUGCUUUUGUGUCACCAACCACUCCUUUUCUUAUUAUCCCUACCGCGAUAGAAAUAUUGACAGGGGCUAGUGCAUGUUUUCAUGUUCGUUUUGAUGGGGUGAUUUAUAGCCUAUCAGUCUAGUCAAGGUGUAGAUAGAACAUGAUAUAAAGUUGUGUGUGGUUUCAUUGCAUCAAAUGUCAGUGACCGGCGCAGUGGUCUAAGGCACUGCAUCACAGUGCUAGCUGUGCCACUAGAGAUUCUCGGUUCGAUUCCGGGAGACCUAUGGGGUGGUGCCCAAUUGGCCCAGCGUCGUCCGGAUUAGGGGAGGGUUGAGCCAACAGGGAUGCCCUUGUCCCAUUGCGCACUAGCGACUCCUGUGGUUGGCUGGGCACGCUGACACGGUCGCCAGGUGUAUGGUGUUUCGUCUGACACAUUGGUGCGGCUUCCGGGUUAAGUGGGCAUUGUGUCAAGAAGCAGUGUGGCUUGGUUGGGUUUCGCAGGACACAUGGCUCUCGACCUUCGCCUCUCCCUAAUCCGUACGGGAGUUGCAGCGAUGAGACAAGACUGUAACUACCAAUUGGAUACCAAGAAAUUGGGGAGAAAACGGGGUAAAAAUAACAUUUAAACAUGUCAGCGUCUGCGAUAAGGUAACACAAGGAGCCGCUAUGACUGCUAUGCUGAUUUUGGUUUCGCUAAUGAUAGAAUCUAGCCCAACAGUAGUUGUACAACCUGAGUGUAUACUGGGUCUGACUGACUUAUGUAGAUAAGAUGCACCAUGACACUCGAAGCCUCUGUAUGGUGAUGAUUUACAUCAGAAUAUACAAGUGGUAAUAGCAAUUGAAAUAAUGUUUUUGGAAAUAUAUGAACAAGUAAAGAUUCAAAUUCUGUACAUGUUUAAAAAUGAAUGUAACUGUCAUUUGUGUGCUGAUAGUAUAUAACAUGUUCUAUUCACAGCAGUGUGUGCACUACAAAGUAUGUUAACAAUUUGAGUGUUCCAUCUUCAAAUCUAAAGUUGUAAACAUGACAAAAUUCCAGUACGUAAUGUCAAGCUACUGUAUGCAACCUGUCACUCGCACGUCUUCGAUUCCAUGUCUUCAAUUCAAAUGCAGGCAAAAGGUUUGCAGAUAAAUGUUAAA